UCACUCUUAGGUUAUGUUUACUGUUUCCACCUGUUAGUGGAUUGCAACAAUUCUUUCAUUAUGAGACCGAUUGUCGACAUAAAAUCAAGAUGUUUCGACAUUUCUAGGAAUGUUAUAGGAGCUGGCGCGUUUUCCUUGGUUAAAAUAGCCUUCAACAAAGGAGAUAAAACUCCAAUAGCUCUGAAGAUUUGUCAUUGCAAUUCCGAAUCGGAAUGGCUCCAAAGCCUGAAUGAAAUAUGCUUAUUGAAAAAGCUUAUCCAUAAAAAUGUGGCUCGAAUUAAUAAUUAUGAGAUAACUAGAUUCCAUGUAUUAAUUGGUCUUGACAAGGGUGAUGCGACUUUGAAACAGUUAAUUUCCAAUGAAGACAUUGUCAGGCUUAGAUCCUGUGCUCUCCCUAUCAUGGGUCAAAUUAUAAAUGCAUUGAAUUUCAUUCAUGAUUUCAAAAUAGUUCAUGGGGAUAUCAAACCCAAUAACAUCAUAUACAAUCUUAUCUGUAACCAAAUAUCAAUUCAAAUAAUGGAUUUUGGGCUGUCCCAUGUAGUUGGUAGAAUAGAUUCACCUACGCUUGGAGAUGCAGGUGGAACAAAAGUAUACCUAGCACCUGAACGAUUAUCCCAUUCAAAUUAUGACGAAUCAUCAGACCUUUUCUCUGCAGGCAUUGUAUUCUUCGAGAUGUUGUUCAAGCUCCAUCCCUUUUAUAAAGAGGGAGACAAUUAUGCGGAGUUCAUGAAAAAUAAGCCUGUUCCUAGGUUUCCCCAAGGAUAUCAAUCCCAAGUGCCUAAAGAAUGGUUGGAAAUCCUUUGUAGUAUGCUCUCUUACAACCCUAAAAAUCGGGAAGAAGUGAGAAACAACAAUCUUCUAAAAACGAACUAUAUAAAGAAGUCAAUGGACCAUCAAGCAGCAGCACUUCGGAGUAUAGCAAACGGAGAAGAAGCUGAGAAAACGGGAAGAUAUGCAGAAUCUGCUAUUCAUUUCAUGGAUGCCAGCAUUAAUUUGGCAAUAUCCAAGCAUGAGGCAGAUGUCCAAAAUAAAGAUUUCAUUUCUGAUUUGAACAGUAGAGUAAUUGAUUACAGAAAAAAAGCUCUUCUUUCGAUACAUCUAUUCAAGCACUCAUUUUCUCACUAUCAAUCUACCGCAGGAUUUAGUGUAUAUGAUGAGUAUUAUGAGUAUUUAAUGGAAGUGACCGCCUCAACUCCUAGCCUGAAGCAUUAUCUAGAAAUUGGCUACAACGGAGAGUUGUACCUUUGUGAGAAUAAGCAAGAAAUUGCUUUCAAAAACUUCAUGGAUGCCUUACAAUACCUUAAUCAAGUGAUGCCUUCAGAGCCAUCUGGUGAUAGAAAAACAAUUAUAGGAAAAAAGAUGUUACAAUGGACAAAUAUGGCAGAAACGUUGAGAACUAGUUGACAAUAAUCUACCUUCGAGUUAUUUGUCAAGCAUGUGGAAAAGUGAGAGUAUUUUGAUUCAAUUGUGAUAAUUACCUACCUUCAGAGUUGAAAGACUCCUUCUAGUCCAUUGAGUUCAACACAAUAUUUUUUAAUUGUUGUUUAAAUUGUGACAUUUAUUUCUUUCAGAUCUACAAAGCUAUUUAGUUCAAAUAAAGUAACAAGUUAUUUA